CAACGCCCCCGUUUCUCCUACACCCUCCAACACACUCGAGCAUCUCACCCACGCUCAAGAGCACAGAUUAGCAACAAGCCUGGCGGGCAUAGUCGUCUACAACACAGACUGCCAGCCAUGUCGGCUAAGCUCUCCAGCGUGGAGCAGAAGGUCUACAACAAGGUCAUGGCUUCCAAGAAGAAGGCCAUGACCUUGCCUCAGAUCGAGGCUGCCAUCCCCGGACUGUCCAAGAAGGAGCUCAACACUGCCAUCAACAACAUUGUCAAGUUUAAACUGUUCGCGCCUACCAAGAGCAAUGAGGGCGCGGUCAUCUUCCAUGCAGUUGCUGUCGAAGCGGCGAAGAAGCAGAAUACCCUGACGAUCGAGCAACAGUUUGUGUUGGGCAUCAUCGAGAAGGCCGGCAACAAGGGUAUUUCCAAGAGCAUGACCUCGUUGCAAGUCAACCCGGACGUCAUGCCCCGUUCCCAGGUCUUAAAGUGCGUGGACUCGCUUGAGAAGCUCGGUCUCAUCAAGUCGUUCAAGAGCGUAAACGUGGGUUUCAGCGGUGUGAAGGCAGGUGCUGAUGAACAGGGCCCCAUCACUCCAUUGUUCAUCCUGGCCAAUUUGAACCCUCCAGAGGACAUUGCUGGUGGCAUCUGGUUCGACGAGAGCAAGGAGUACGAUUCAGCCUUUGUCGACACGCUGAAGGAAGUCGUGCUCGGCUUUGUGACGAACAAGACUUUCCCCAACCAGAAGGGCAAGGAUUCCAUCUCAAAGCUUGUCGCCAACCCUAUCCACCCCAUCGGCAAGACGCCUGCGCUCCCUACGCCGGAACAAGUGCUUCGCUACAUCCUCGCCACCAAGGUUACAAGCGCCGCACUCAGCGUGAAGAACGUAAUGGAAAUUGCCCGUGCUCUCGAACUUGACGGUCUCAUUGAAGCUAUCAAGCCCGUCGGCGGCGUCUCCGUCGAGCAGCGCUACGAGUCGGACUCGGACGGAGAGCCAGCACCCAAGCGCCGCCGAGCCAAGGACUCUGACGACGAGAUAGACCCCGAGGAGCGCGCACGACGGGAGCGCAAGAACCGAGAAAAGCUCAAGGCCAAGCUAAAGGAGAAGAAGCGUGAGGAGAAGCGCCGCGAGAAGGAGAAGAAGGCACGCGCGAAGGAGAAAGAGAAGGAGAAGCGUCGCAAAGAAAAGGAGAAGGAGAAGCGCCGCAAGGAGAAGGACCGCAAGAGGAAGGAGAGGGAUCAGAAGAAGAAGGGCAAAUCCAAGGAGUCAAAGUACAUUGACUCUGACGAUGAGCCCCUCCGUGAGCUUGACGACUCUAGCCCCGUGGCACCCAAGCGCAAGCGUGUCAUCGAGUCUGGCUCCGAGUCAGACCCAAUCUCCUCCGACUCGGACACGGACAGCUCGUCUGACUCGGACACCGAUUCUGAUUCCGAUUCCGACUCGGACGUCUCGUCGGUUGCAUCUGAAGACAUUGACUCGGGCCACAUUUCACUCAAGCCCAAGUCGUCGACCGUUGGUAUCUCGGCGAACCCAUUCUUCUCAAGCGACGGCUCCAACACCCUCAUCGAUCUCGACGACCAGGCUGUGGUUUACCGCGCCACCCGCCGUCUGACCAUCCCCCUUGGCCAGAUGCAGGCCCCGUGCGGCGGCUGCCCGCAAUUCAACUUUUGUGAAGAGGACGGCCCCGUCAACCCGUCGGGCUGCUCGUACUUCUCGGACUGGCUCUCCGGCACCAACGGUGGCUGGACUGCAGAAGUCAAGGCGGAGAAGGCUGCCAAGGCCGCCGAGGAGGAGAAGGCUCGCCGCCGUGCCCUCGCCGAGGCCAACGGCGAACCCGACCCAGAACAGGUCAACGGGGACGAGACCGUGCUCUACGAGGAGGGCGUGUAUGAGGAGGGCGGCGAGUACGAGGAGGGUGACUACGCCGAGGAGGAGGACUAUGAGGAGAACGGCGACCUGAACUUCUAGAGCAGGUCACUGAGAAAAGGGGGUCAUUGCCCACAAGAGGACGUCACGAUAGUUCCUUGUCCACCACACCAUGGCUCUUAGCAUGGCUGUUUAGCAUUUACAUUGCAUUGUGCUGUAUAUUAGUG